AUGGUGGCCAAACAGCGGAUCCGGAUGGCCAACGAGAAGCACAGCAAAAACAUCACCCAGAGGGGGAACGUAGCCAAAACCCUGAGGCCACAAGAAGAGAAAUAUCCCGUGGGACCAUGGCUGUUGGCACUGUUUGUUUUUGUUGUCUGUGGCUCAGCUAUCUUUCAGAUCAUUCAGAGCAUAAGGAUGGGCAUGUGAGGAGGCCCGGGGCUUUGACACUGCCCCUCCUUCUGGAGGGCGGAGGACCACUUAAGCUUUUAGCCGGGUAUCUGUGGGAAGCAAACAAGCCACACAGAAUAG